AUGGAAGGUGGGAAGAUCUUGGUUAUCAGUGUUCUCCUUCUGGAGACGCUUCUCGUUGCCGUCCUCGCCGCUUCCGCCCCAGACCCCUUCGCAGGCCUUCGAGUCGGAGGUGCCCUCUGGCACUUUUCUUCUUUUUCUUCUGCCUCUUUCAAUUCUGCACCACCAUCAUCGACGUCAAUUCAUUAUUCUAGGGAAAGAAGGGUUGCCCAAGGGCGAGAUCGACUGCUGCGACAAUUGCAAAUGCGGUGGAGAUAUGACCUCGUGCAUCUGCCAAGAUAGCUUAACCGGCGGCUGCGCCGACGGUUGCAAGGACUGCCACCGCGAGCAUGGUCUCUACCGCUGCCGGGAUGUCAUGGACGUCUGCCCCGAGUCCUGCGACUACGAUUACGACGACGAAGGCGUGUGGCGAGCGGGGAGACUACGGCUUAGAGCGGCGGGCUCCCCCUUUCACGUCUGA